CCGUAACGUUGACGGAGAAAAUGUUUAAAAGUAAUCCAUGACGGUGACGGUAAAAUUCACAGUAAAUUUCCAGAAGUAGGAAGCGUUCUGCUCUGGAGGAUGACUUUGCACUCUAUUCCACAUUACAUGGAGAAUGCGCCGACAAUUAGGUAGUACGCGCAUAAAUUUACAGAGAAGCCGUCAAAACUUGACUCAGUACCUCAAAAUGUGAAAAAGAUUAGAAAGGAAAAAACCAAUCGGCGCAAAUACAGUUGUGCCUCUGCGAUUUUCCCCUAUUAGAAACCCUCUUUUGCCUGCAUCUGAUUUUAGCAGAAAAUGUCCCAAAUAUGCCCGCAAUCGGAAGAUUUACCCGUGCAAGUUGUUGUGGACCAACAAUUUUGCUGUGCAACGGCCACUGCAUUGACGGUGUGGAACAAAUCUCUGCUAUUUUCAGGUGAGGGUUUCACCGUCUUUGAUUCCAAUGGAGAUCUCCUCUUCAGAGUGGAUACCUAUGCUUUCGCUAACAAUAACCUUGUUCUCAUGGACGCUCAGGGCAAGCCGCUUCUCACAUUGUGCCGUAAGCUUCCUAGUCUUCACCAGAGAUGGGAAGGUUUUCUUGGAGAUAAGUUGGACGGCCAGAAACCCCUCUUUACUGUGAGAAAGUCGUCGAUUUUACCGUCGAAAGAGUGCGUCCAAGUAUUCAUGAAUUGCGGCUUCUUUUGGAAACCCUGCGCGGAUUAUGAAAUCGAAGGUUCUUUCUCACAGCGCUCCUGUACUAUUUUCACAAGCGCCCCUCGCAUGGCUGCCGCAGAGGUGAAACGGAAGUGCGGCAGCGGGGGAUAUCUGCUGGGUACAGAUGUUUUCAGCCUCUGUAUUGAGCCCGGAUUUGAUCAGGCUUUCAUAAUGGGUUUGAUUAUCGUGCUGGAGCAGAUCUUCCCUGGUGAAUGUGAGCUUCCUCUUGUGAAAAUGGUGGUGGAUGAGAUGAGUGCAUCACACAAAGACCAGGAGAUAACCGCGCCACCUUCUUCCGGGUAGACCAGUGAAUUUCACAUUUGCCCUAGUCCUGUACCUGUGCAGAACCUGACAAUUUCCGGGUUGUGGACUUUUUCCUGUAACAGUGUCUCCGAUGUCACCUUCAUUUCAUUCACUUCGAUAUUCUUUGAUGUAAUUUUUUUGGUCACAAUGGAUGAUGUACCAACUUAAUUUUAGAUUUUAAUUUUCUUUCAAGAAUAUUGAAAGAGAUUAUUUUAAUUUCUAAGGAAUUUAUUUUUUCAAUUUCAGAGAGAA